AACGAUUCAAAUACAGGCCUCUGUCUGUUGUUUGUUUUCUUUGUCUUCUUUGCAUCUUCUGCAGUGUUUUCUUUGAUUGUCAAACCAUCAAACCACUCCUACACACCAAACAUUCCAACAUCGGUCGCUGCAAAGAAUCGAAGCUCUUGGACGGAUCGCCGGCUAAGGAUCCGCAGUUCCCUUCGACCCAGAGUAUACGCGGGUCGCCAAUCAGAUUGGACCCUGCCCACCAAUUUGUUGGUAAACGUUCUCUUUGACAGCUGAGGUUGGAACCACCGUCGCCGCAAACGGAAAGGGAAUAUCCGACAAGAUGUUUGCACAACCUUUCGACCAUUCGUUCAACAACGAUGAUUUAUUCAGUCAGUACGUCAAUAUUGAUGGCUCGAGUACCGACGGCAACAAAGACGUUUCAUUCCCUGGCGACUUUGAUCAAUUCUUUUCGCUGGACUCAUUGUCAAGUAAUUGUGGCGAGCAGUCACCCAUCAUCUCCACUUCCAAACAACAAACCCAUCCUUCACCACAGUGGGCGAAGGAUCUCUGGAGCCUACCGCCAGAUGCACCCUCAUCUCUAGGCCAAGCCCCCCUUGCAUUUCAAGACACCAUUCAUCCCUCUGCUGUUUCGGAUCUAAACGUCAACCUUGAAGCUUCUUCGACGACUCGCCCUGCAGAGACCCGCUCUUCGCCGACAACUCCUCCGGGAACUCCACGCCGUAAACCAAAAAGUGCAUUAGUCACUCCGAAGUCUAUCCAACGUCACCGCGAACCUAAUGGUCGUCGUGGUUUGCAGCACAAACAAAGCUUCUCCCCCAGCUUGACACGUCCUUCUCAAUUCCAGAAAGGAAGAAUGGCGUAUCAAGAAGCUUGGGCGCACCGACUUCAGAACUUGAAUUUCCUCCGUAGUGCUGAUGACCGAUUCCCACUGUCGCCGCCGCCGUCAGAUAUCCUGCCACAACAAGAGAACAUAGCGGCCGAUAAUAGCGCCGUACACAUCCAUCAUUCGGGAGACUCCGGAGAGAUGCAUCAUCACUUUGACUCUAGCAUAUUCACCCCAUCUCCCGCGAUCUCCAUGCCGUCGCCAUGUACAGGAGUGCUAUCAAGACAGCAAGCCCGGUAUUUAAGCCACUCCAAUAACUCCACGGUGACUUCGAGCCCCCCUUCAGCGGACGACAUCUUUCCCUCCCCGCAUUCCUCGGAUCCCCAAUCCAUGUCCUCCUGGCAUUCCGAUGCGCUCGGCACUCCCGGGCUGCCUUUCACGCCUGAUCUUCAGAGCCACGAUGCUCAGGCCUGGUGGCCUCCCAUGAAUUCUCGGGUGCCCCAACGCCAACAUUCCUAUCAACAAGUAGUCGCAUCGCCCCCUCCACAGCAGCCGAUCCAGAACACCACCCAUCAGCAUGAUUUGGCCAAUAAUCAACAUGACAUCCUGCAAGGGGGUCUUAUGAUCCAGAUGGAUCCCUCUGCGUAUGACAUGACCGCUCCUGCCAAUUCAUCGUUUUCCUCCUCCACCAUGGCUCCGGCGGCGUCCAAUUGUCAGGAGAACCACACUUAUAGCCACGUGCCUAUCGCUCAUCCUAAAUAUGUUGACACAUCUUCCUUUGCAACUCCUCAGCUUCAUCAAUCGCGGUCACCAUCCCUGUCUCCGCGAGCAGAUCGAUCCCCCAAGAACGGAUUAGCCAUGCAUCACAGCAUCACCAUGAAAGCUCAGCGCCGUCAGCCCGGCCGGAAGAUUUCCUCUAACUCAAUGAAUGUCCCUAAACCCGUCAAGGGCCUUCAUGGAUCGGGAAGCCCCAAGGGAGCCGGCAAGUCAGUAACUGUAUCAUUUGUAAACUUUACGCCAAAUGAUAGUCAAAAGAUUCUCACAGGAGUUGCUCCCAGUGGCAGCUCCAAAACCAAAGCGCGUCGGGAGCAAGAGGCCCGUGACCGGCGCCGCAGGAUUAGCGAAGCCGCACUUAAUGCAGUACGGAAAGCCGGUGGAGAUGUGGAGGCUCUCGAGGCUGUGAUGUAUUAAAAAACUGGAGGUAAUGCCGUUGGUCUGUUUGACUUUUUGUUUUAUUUCUGCCAUAUACCUUUUGCCCUUAUAUUACCUUCAUAUUCAGUGUUUUCAGUUGGUCUGUUCGGUGUUCUGAUGGGUCCGGAGUCUAAAACACUGAGAGAGGAUCUGUUUGAGCGUUAGAUUUGUUCCUGGCAUCUUAAUCAGCCCCCCCGGGCCGUCGUACCUAAACCUAAUCUGGCAUAACUAAUGUAUUCCACCUUGAUGUACAUAUCGAGUCUCCAAAAGUACUCCAAAUGCCAUACCUCUUUAAUAUAUAGUUCUGGUCUUCCCAUUGGUUUAAGUCUUCUUUGUUAGUUGAUUAGUAUAUCAUAUUGAAACAAAUAUCAUGUGAGAGUCACAAAUGCCAUGACGCACACCAAUAUGUAAGAAAUCCCUUCUAG